CCCAUUCUGCUCUCGGACUCCGCUCCGGCGUUGCUGUGCUCCUCGCGCUGGAGAUGCCGUGCUGGGCGCCGUCCUGGGGCCAUGUGGCGGUGGUCGCGGCCGCGCUGCUGACGGCACGCUUGGCGGGCGGGGCUCGCUGGUGCGCGCUGGCGGCCGCGGCCCUGCUGCUCCUGCUGCUCCUGCUGUUGGUGGCCAGGGUCCUGCUGUGGGUGGCUCGCCGCGCAGCCCGCGCCGCCCACCAGCACGCCCUGACGCGCGACAUCCCGGGGCCCCGCCUCGAGCACUUCCUACGCCUUUGGCGGGCGCGUCGUUCGCCGGCCCGCGUCUCGGACCUGUUCCACGACGUGGCCCGGGAGCACCGCGACGGCGGCAUCUUCAAAUUCUGGUCCGGCCCGGUGCUGUUCGUCAUCCUGAUGCGCGCCGACGACAUCGAGUGCCUGCUGACGGACAGGCGCGCCGCCACCAAGUCCCUGGUGUACGACUUGAUCGGCACCCUGAUGGGCGAGGGGCUGCUGCACCUGAGUGGCGAGCGGUGGCGGCGGCGCAGGCGCAUCGUCCAGCCGUACUUCAGCCCGGAGGUGCUGCGCGGCUUCCCGGAGGUGUUCCACCGGCGCGCCGAGGUGCUCGUACGCCUGCUGGCCCCCAGCGCGCGCUCGGGACAGGCCGUCAACGUCCUCCCGUUCGCGGGCCAGGCGGUCACCGACAUGGUGUGCCACACCGUCAUGGCUUCGGACGUGGACACGCGCGCCAUGGAGGAGGAGGGUAUCGCCAACGCCAUGAGCAGCGGGCUGGCCAUCAUCCUGUACCGCGUCUUCAACCCUUGGUUCCUGCACGACGGCCUCUUCAAGCUGUCGCGCCUACACGCGCACUUCAAGCGCAGCAUGGAGCUGUUCGACGCCUUCACGCUCCGCCUGCUCAGCAUCAAGAGAGGCGAGCGCCAGGCACAGCCCCGGGGCCCGGCUGACGGCGGCGCACAGAGGAAAGCCACGUUCCUCGACGUGAUGCUCGACACGGAGGCCGCUCUGACGGACGGCGAGGUCCUGGACGAGGUGAAGGGGCUCAUCACGGCCGCGACGGGGGGCUCGACAGACGCGCUGUGCUUCGUGCUGCUCUGCAUCUCGCUGCGGCAGGAUGUGCAGGACCGGAUCGUACAGGAGAUAACCAGCGUGUUCGGUGAGGAUGUCGACCGCGCUGGCACCAUGGACGACAUGCGGCACCUCGAGUACCUGGAGAGGGUAAUCAAGGAGACUCUCAGGAUGUUCCCCUCUAUUCCACAGUUUGGGCGCAGUCCCUCGCAGGACAUUGAACUUCCCUCCGGCCAUAAGGUUCCCGCGGGCGCGCAGGUGUUCGUCUACAGCCCCGCCGUGCACAUGGACCCCGCCCACUUCCCGGAGCCGGAGCAGUUCGAGCCGGACCGCUUCCUGGCCUCGGCCGGCCGGCACCCCUUCGCCUACCUGCCCUUCGGGGCGGGCGCCCACACGUGCAUCGGGCAGCGGUACGCGCUGCUGCAGAUCAAGAGCACGGUGAGCGUGCUGCUGCGCCACUACCGGCUGCUGCCGGCCGGCACGCCGCGCAGCCCCGCCGCCCUGCACGACAUCCGCACCAACGUGCUGGUCACUCAGCGCGCCCGCGGCGGCUACUGGAUGCGCCUGGAGCCUCGGCGGCCGCCACCCGCGGACCCGGCGACGGGAUGACACUCCGUCACCACCCAAUCUCACCCAGCUCAAAUAGAUUAACAACACAAACGCUGUGAAACUGGAGCACUCUAUGGGAUCGUCCAGAAAGCUUUCCAGUUCGUCUUUCUUUCACACAUUCAUUCUCCAAAUUAUGAGAGCUCGGCGCCUGCGAGGCUCAGGGUAGGCUAACCCACAGUACAUGCGUGCACUGAAGUCAAGAUGUUGCCUAUAUACGAGGUGUUAGGUAGGAGAGCUGGAGGUGGCCGAACUUGGCAGGUUCCAAACGGCGAAUGACGGACGUGCUUUCCGGAUGAUCCCUAAGGCCUUGUGCACAAAUUUUUGUCACUCGUUACAAAUAAAAUGAUGUUCCUAUUCGUGUAA